CACGUCGAGAAACACACCUCUUCGGCACCGGCUGCAGCCUCGGCAUCCCAGCCACGACCGAAGCGGCCUCUGAAUCUCUUCAAACGACCGGCCUCAUCCUCCUCGACAUUCAGCAGCUUCUGACUACUGGGGUUCCAGAGUGGGUUGUUGCGCACAUCUUUUGUGCUACGGUAUACGGGCUGCGGGCUAGUGGUGCGCUGGACAAAGGUGCUGCCGUCGGAGAGAGUGACGAGUUGGGUGAAGGUGUAUGGUCGCUUGGGGCGGCGCAUCAGUGAAGCAUGGCGGACUUGUUGUGUCGAGGCAAAAGCGAUGCGCAGGCUCGCGCGAGGAGUCUGGUUGAGAAGCAUGGCGGCGGACGUUCGUAUGAGAUGCGGACGAUAUAUGGCGAUUGCAUGAAUUGUACGGCUCAUGCAUCUCAAAAUUGCGGGCAGUCGGACAAGCCAAGACGCGAUCAAGUUCCGCUCCGCCCCCGCGCCCUCACCGCUCCUUCUCGAGCUGUGGGAAGCUCGAAGUCGACUCCAGAACGCUGCUUCCUUGGGCUAUUGUAUGACCAUGGCCACAAUGGUCAGAGGCCCGGCGACUGGUCGCUUCUACAAGGUCUUUCACGCUUGGUCUACGCUCGCCAACACUACACAUCAACAACGACGAUGCUUCGUUCCGACCACCAUCAUCGCGGAAGACGGCCACGACGUGCGCAUUCGCAAAAUAUGGGCACGAGAUCCCGAAGGCCCGACUGCGUUGGGAGAAACAGACACGGGUCUUGCAACAAAGUUCCUCAACAUCCACCACUCUCGCGUGAAGAAGUGGCAAGCGCAUGCCACGUUCUUGCCUAGGCUACGAGCCGAGCUCGGCGCCUUCAUUGAGCCCACAGAGAAGAUUAGAAACAAUGGUCGCGUCAAAGUCCGUCUUUCUGUCCCCGUUGCGAAGCGAGACUUGCUCUCACCUCUUGCCGAUGCCUUGAGUCAAUGGCCCGACGGUGAGGAUCAUCUGACCAACAUCAACUUCACAUCGAUUGACCUGCCCAAACCCUUGAGACCUCUGGAGCUCUCUCUCGAGCUCCCUGCUGAGACUGCCAACUUACUCAAGGAGGAGGGGGACGAGUUGUUGCUCCGCAUCCAGACUACUUUCGACGUCGCAUUGACUUUUGCCCUUCCGAGCCAGAAGUCUCCGAAGCCUGGAAUGCACCUUCUUACCGUGACCGGCAAACGUGUCAAUGUAGAGGCGGCGAGGUACUUCAUCCGUACCAUUCAUACCGCUCCUGAAGAGCAAGCGGGCGAGCUGACCAAGGGAUCCUCCGUCGAGGACUCAAAGCUCUCAUCUACGAACUUGAAGCAGCCUCAGGAAUCUGUCCAGCUGGGUCUCGGGGAGCUGAAAAGCGCAUACAGGACUGCCAUGCGCGGUGUCCCCUCUAGUGUCGUCAUUUUGACCACUAAAGGAAAAGAUGACGAUUUCACUAACCUACGGGGGAUGACCUUGUCGUCCUUCACUUCUGUCACCCUUGACCCAGAGCCCAUCGUCUCUUUCAGCAUACGCCGUCCAAGUAGUACACUCGACUGCAUCAUCAACGGUCAGCCAUUCAUCGUCAACAUUCCCCGUUCAUCGGCAAUCGGUGCUCAGAUCGCCGACAUCUUUGCAAAGCCUCACGUCCGUCCUCAUCAACCUUUCGCUAUCCUGCAACAGCUCGGCCUGGGUUCCACCCCCCACCUUAACACUCUCGCCCCUUACAUCAGGAGUAGACAUAUCAAAACUCACUUGAAAUGUCAGCCCAUGCCUGAAAAGUCACUCGAAAUUGGGGAUCAUACUGUCAUAUUCGCCCGGGUGAUUGAGGUCAACAGUGACAAACGUCUAGAUUUCAAGAUGAACGAGCCCAUCCUCCUUGCUUACGCUCAAGGCGAAUACCGUGAAAUACUCUCUUAUGAGAGCAUAAAAGUACCCAAGUGGAAGGCUACCAAGGCUGUGGAUAAUACGCCCGACGUGCCAGAAACCACGACAUCACAAUCCCUGCAGCAAGAAGAAAAGACACCAGGAGCUCAAGUCCCUGUCGGACCUACUGCAAGCGAAGUUGCCGAUCGUGAAGCUGCUGAUGAAAUCAGUGAUGCAUAUUGGAGUAUGGCAAUGAACGAGGACGAAGGCGAGGAAGAUGCUACACUUGAGCAACGCGCCGCUGAUCAACGUAACGUUGGCGACGCCGAGCAUCCCAAGGAUGCUAGUGUGAAUCCUGCAGAGACUCUAGAGAACGAGGCAACAGAGAAACCGUCGGGAGUUGAAGAGGCAAAGCAGACUCCUACGUGAAAAUAAUGACUAUGCUGUCCACGAGGGGAUGAUUGAGCAGUCACAGACUAAAUGUCCAACAAUGUAAUAUAGAUAUCUAGACGUACUUCAUCACAAACUAUUCAACCCUUGUUGCCUUCUCAUUUCGCUUUCUCGUGAGGUUGCAUUUCACCCCUCUCCUCUCCACUUUCAUGUUUUAACCACGUUUUUAUAGGGGUUUUAUAGGUUUUAAUAGGUUUUAAUAGGUUUUAAUAGGUUUCU